AUGCUGGGCUACCAGAAUCAGUCACUUCCUCCUGCCUCGGUCCCGAGUAUCCCGCAUUACGUUGUGGGUGGCCAUAAUCCAACGGAUGUGAAUAUGGGAUCUUCUACCGGAGCAUCGUUCACCACACCCACAGGAGACCCUUUUGGCCUCCCAUUUUACCAAGCCGUACCGCCAGAGUCCAGGUCCAUCGACGCUGCCGAUACUUAUCGCCAUAAUUAUCCGCCAGGUCACAAAAAGAACAAGCAUUCGUCACGGUCAAGAAAGUCUAAGCAGCCCCAAGUACUUUCACCUGGAAGCACGUCUUCAACAUCAAACUCUAGCAGAUCUAGACUCCGUAGUGCUUCUCGCACAAGCAAAAACACACACCAUAAUCCCCCAGCUACAGUCGAGGAGCAAAAGAGCCGCGACACACAUAACCAAGUGGAAAAGCAGUAUCGGAACAGACUCAAUGCUCACUUUGAAAGCCUGCUAGAUGCUUUACCAGAAACUAUGCAAGCUGGCGAGGGUGAUGAUGAAGGGGAAUCGUUGGACUUGACUGACCGUAGAGUUAGCAAAGCAGAAGUAUUAGACAUGGCACGGCGUCACAUUCAAGCUUUAGAGCGCGAGUGCGCUGCCUUGGAAGGGGAAAGAGACGAACUCCGGAAUAACAUGGAGAGAUUACGUUGGCUGUUCGGACGGUGCGAAGGGACUGACGGGUUCAACGAGCAACUGAACUUUCCAGGCGCGGGAGGCCUACAUUGA